AUGAGGUCACUCUUCAUGCACGCCACCCUCGUAGACGGUCCAGCCGUUGUGUUCGACGAGAUUGCAGCUCUCGGUGGAGCUCUCGGCAGCGUAAUGGCCUACCUUUUCCUCGGUUGCAUUAUCCUGAGCGCCUUCACAGUGCUCAACAUGCUUAUAGGAAUCUUGUGUGAGGUGAUCAACAAGGUCUCCGAAGCUGAGAAGGAAGAGGCACAGAUCCGGUACCUGAAAAGACAUCUUCAGGACAUUUUCGAGUGCUAUGAUGUGAAUCAGGACAAGUCCAUCGGCGAGAAGGAGUUUGCACUGCUCUUGCAGAAUCUGGAGUUCCGUGAGAUCCUGUCAAAGUUUGGUACGGAUAUCCAAGAUCUGCAGGACAUCAUGGCAGCCGUCUACAACGAGCGUGCAGGCACCAGCGUCGAGUUCAAUGAACUCAUUGGAGUAGUCUUGCGCCUCAAGGGCGGCAAUAAUGCCCAAGUCACAGAUAUCGUGGACUUGCGAAAGUGCGUCAAGUCGGUCUCCGACAAGCUGGAGUGCCUCCUGGACCCCACAAAAGUCCCACGUGGCCCACCGCAGCCGCUCAUCGAGUCCAUCGAGGUGCGCAUCAUCAAGGCACGUGGCCUGCGAAAUGCGGACCUGGUUCCGCUCACAGGCAAGUCCGAUGUGUACUGCAAAUGUGUGGUGCUUGGAAAGCCUGGCACCGGGGUGGUCACCCGGGUCAUUCACGACACCACGAACCCGGUGUGGGACGAGGCCUUCGUGAUGGCGGACUACCAGUUCGGAGAGCAUCUGCGGUUCCAGCUCUUCGACCAAGACUGGCGGAUCAUCAAGGAAGAUGACUACCUUGGCUCCACGGUGCUCGAGAGCCAGUCCUUCUGUCCGCAGGGCUUCGAAGGCGAGCUUCGUCUCUUCGGGGGCGGCAAAGGCAUCGAGGCGUACCUUGAAGUCAAGGUGACGGUGAAGCUUAUGCCAGUGGAAGAGAAGAACGAUAAGAAGUCGACCCUGUCUGACUCGAGCAUCUGCUCGGAUUACAGUGCAGGCACAUCCAACAUGGCGCUGCUGCUGGCACGACUCGAUGACAUUUAUGCCAGCCAGCGGCGGCUCUCGACGUCGCUGCAACGCCUCGAGGAGCGAAUGGACGUGGUGGAAGUGGCCGUGACAAGGACGACGCCCAGUCCCGACUUGCGGCUGUAG